UCAGCUUCAUCACAGUCGUGAGAGAACAUGGACUAGAGUUAAAGAAAAAAAAAUCAACGGAGGAAACGGGACGCUAGCGGACGGUGGGAUUAAAGGGACCUCAUUGAAGCCUUUGAGAGGAAGAGAGGCACUGGGUCUGGAAACCAAGAGUCUCAACCAUUCUCCAGCAAUGGAGCACGAGGAUUCUGUGGAGAAAGGAGAAGCAAGGCCUCUGCUUUCUAAUAAGAGUUAUUCAUCAAGCUACCAUGAAGGUGACAGAUCAUUGGAAGUAGAACAGCAGUCCCGGUCGCAGCAAAAACCUAGCAACUCAAAGGCACCGGCAAUUAUUUUGGGGUUCAAUUUCUUAGACAGUGCGGCGUUCAAUGGCAUUGGUGCAAAUUUAGUUGUAUAUCUUCACAGCAUUCUUCAUGUGGGCAGUGCUGCAAGUGCAGCAGAAGUUUCUAAUUGGACUGGAACAAGUUAUUCCACAUCGUUGAUUGGAGCCGUCAUAGCUGAUUCAUAUCUGGGAAAUUACAAAACAAUCUUGUUUUCCCAUAUCAUAUAUCUCAUCGGGAUGGUAACAAUCACCUUCUUUGCUCUCUCUCCAUCAUUAAAGCCUCCUGCAUGUGAAGGGGGUUCAUGUCCCCCAGCAAAUGGAGUUCAAAAAUUUGUAUUCUUUUCUGGGUUGUAUCUUGUUGCCUUUGGGAGUGGCGGAGUCAAGUCAGCAUUGCUUCCUUUUGGUGCAGACCAGUUCGAUGAUGAGAAACCAGCAGAGAAAGAGAAGAAGGGGGCAUUUUUCAGUCUGUUCUAUCUCUCUGUCACCUUAGGAUUUUUUACUUCGGGCAUUUUGAUAGUCUGGAUACAAAUAAACAUAGAUUGGGCCCUUGGAUUUGGGAUUGCAACUUUUCUUGUAUUUGUAGCCCUCUGGGCCUUUCUCUUAGGAACACCGAGUUAUCGGAUGCGGAUGCCAACUGGCAGCCCUUUGAAGAGUGUUUUUCAGGUACUGGUUGCUGCUUUCAGGAAGAGGAACUUAGAAGUUCCCAGGGAUGUCAGUCUCUUGUACGAGGAGAAAGACAAGUCGAUGCAACAGAGAUUAGCGCAUACCAAUGAAUUCAGGUUUCUAGACAAAGCUGCUACUGUUCUUGAUUCAGAUUUGAAGGAUGGUCGUUCUCAUAGUUUAUGGAGACUGUGUCCCAUCAGUAAAGUGGAGGAGCUGAAGAUACUUCUACGCUUGCUUCCGAUAUGGGCAACCGGCGUCAUCUAUUCAGCUGCAUGUGUUCAACUGUUUACAACUUUCAUCCAACAAGGGACUGUAAUGGACACCAGGGUUGGUUCCGUCUCCAUCCCUCCAGCAUCCUUGGGUUCUUUCGAAGUGAUAUGCGUCAUGGUUUGGGUCAUUUUCUAUGAUAAAAUCAUAGGCCCGGCAACUAAAAGCCACUUUGGGAAUGGAGCUGGACUUUCCCAGCUGCAACGGAUGGGAAUCGGCCGUGUUCUAAUAAUCCUAACAAUGGCAACAGCUGCUUAUGUGGAGAUGAGGAGGUUGGAGAGGGUCAAGGCUGGUGAACCGCAACUAAGUAUUUUGUGGCAACUUCCUCAGCUAUUCAUUCAGGCUGGCUCGGACGUCUUCAGUAAUAUCACCCAGCUUGAAUUCUUCUAUGGCCAGGCACCUGAAUCAAUGAAGAGCUUGUGCACAGCACUGGCACUGCUCUCGAUCUCACUAGGCAGUUACUUGAGCUCUCUUGUCGUCACAAUCAUUGCAGCCAUAACAACAGGAGGAGGGGAACUAGGCUGGAUGCCUGAUGAUCUGAACAAAGGGCACCUUGACUACUAUUUCUUGGCGUGGGCAGGCCUAUGUGCAUUAAAUUUUUUCAUAUAUCUUGCUUUUGCAAGGAAGUACACUCUGAAGAAAGUCAUUUCAGGAAGUUGAAGUUGUAGUCAGAAAAAUUAGCCUACAAAAUUGAAUUGCUGAUGCUAUGAUGAAUUAGAAGUUCUUCUCAUUACAGUUGUGUAUAGCUGCAGCAAUAUCCUUAUAAGCGAAUUGUUUCUUGUGUCCUUAAUGGAUUUUGUAGAGUUGUAUCAGUAUAAUUGAACGAAUUGUCAUGUUUUCUGAAAGCAUAUUUUGAAAAGCGAUAAUUAUAUCAACAUCUUUGUGCUCAAA